CCAGGAAGCCAUACAAGCUUCAAUGAACAGCGAUGUUUUGCCAUCACAAGAUAGAGAUGAUAAUUCUCCGGAAACAGCUAGUACCUCUACACAAAUAUCAAGUCGCCCUAGACCACCCAAAAGAAAAAGUAACAGUAAUCCUCAUUCAUUAGAUUCACCAGAUUUAUCUACCGACGUACUGCAAGUCGUAAAAGAGCAUUUCAAGCGUCCUUUGUUGAGCGAAGACCGAUUUGAUAUUUUUGGCGAAAAUGUCGCAAUGAGACUGCGCGAUCUGCCAAUACAGCAAAUGCUGAUUGCUGAAAAAAUUAUAAACGACUCAUUAUUUCAAGCAAAUGGGCAACUUGAGACUGCCACAUGGAGAGUUCAAUGAUCAACUCUAUCUUCAUUGCCACGCAUCGAGCAAGAAUGUAAUGAUUCUUCCACUCCUUCCAUGCAGUACAAUUCGGAUUCACAACAUUUGACUGAACAUACUGAAGUGCA